CUUCAAAAGUCACGCCGGUUUCUAAUUCGCCCAUAGUUUUUCUUUUCUUUCUCUGCCCAACAUCCCCAAUACUCUUUUCAUAUCAUAGCCCCUUUUCUUCUUCACUUUCACCUAUUAUAGCCCUUUUUCCCCUCUUUCUUUUUCUUUUUUUCUUUUUUCUAUAGUGCAAUGUUCAUUUGUUCAAUGGUUCAUUCUUUUGGCUUUUCACCUAUCAAUUUUACUUCUUUUAGGUGAAAAUUACAUUUUUUGUGGAGUUUGGAUCUAAUUUGAAUAAAGGGCACAGAAAACACAUAAUUCUAUAAAAGAGUGUUUUCUGAUCUGGUUUAUCUCAGAUUGACAUAGAAAUUGUGAAUUUUUUAUUCGUGGUUGAAAAACAAAAAGAUGGUGACAGUGAAUGUUGGAAUGCUGCAUUAUAUAUUGGACCAUGUAUAUGGCGCAUUUGUUCACAGAACAAAACUAAGCCCACCAUUUUUUUCAAGAGGAUGGGGAGGUACAAAGCUGUUGCUUUUAGAGCGAAUGAUUAAGCAAUUGGAAGGACAGAAUUGGCCUCCUACAUUGGUACAACCUGUUUGGAAAACUGUUUGGGAAUCACAAUCAGCUACUUUGAGAGAAGGGGUUUUUAAGACUACUUGUGAUGAACAGUUGCUUAGUGCAUUGCCACCUGAGAGUCACAUUGCAAGGGUUGCUUUCCUUGCACCCAAAUACACUCCAACUCAUAAGAUGGCUUGUGUGCUGCAUCUUGCUGGUACUGGAGAUCAUACUUUUGAGCGAAGAUUGCGUCUUGGCGGUCCAUUGCUGAAGGAAAAUAUAGCAACUAUGGUGCUUGAGAGCCCUUUCUAUGGAAAAAGACGUCCGUUGCUGCAGCGUGGGUCAAAGCUCUUAUGUGUUAGUGACCUGCUGCUAUUAGGACGAGCCACCAUUGAAGAAGCCCGAAGCCUUUUACAUUGGUUGGACUAUGAAGAGGGUUUCGGAAAGAUGGGUAUAUGUGGACUUAGCAUGGGAGGAGUACAUGCUGCUAUGGUUGGAUCAUUGCACCCCACACCUAUUGCUACACUGCCUUUUCUCUCUCCACAUUCUGCUGUUGUGGCAUUUUGUGAAGGGGUGUUAAAGCAUGCCACUGCAUGGGAAGCACUGAGAGAUGAUCUUGCUGUGCAGGAGGCUGCUAUGACUCUUGAGGAUGUGAGAGAACGGAUGCGAAAUGUGUUGUCUCUCACAGAUGUUACACGCUUUCCAAUCCCAAAAAUUGCCAAUGCUGUAAUAUUUGUUGCCGCCACAGAUGAUGGCUAUAUUCCAAGGCACUCAGUGCUAGAGCUUGAAAAAGCUUGGCCUGGCUCAGAAGUUAGAUGGGUUAGAGGAGGGCAUGUAUCGUCUUUCCUUCUUCACAAUGGUGCAUUUCGCAAGGCGAUAGUGGACGGCCUUAACAGACUACAAUGGAAGGAGUCACCAUGUAAUUAUUAGGUGUUGUUCCACACCACUAAUUCUCACUGAACUCGGUACACUGAACCACAGCUGAUAUUAUUAAGCAUUUGCUGGAAAAUGAAAAAGGGUGCUGGAAAGCUUUCAUUCUUUACUUCUCUUUUCUGUUGUUGUAUUACUUCAAAGUAGUCUUUGUUGGGACAAAUAAUGGAAUCUUCGGUGAAAUUUCCACCUUCUUUUCUUAUUGUCUAAUGCACAUUAUUGAACUGUAUUUGUAUGGUACUAGUUCCUUUUUAUCAGGAUGACAGUGGUAUUGUCUGUGCUGCAUCAAGUUUGUAUUACUACUUUCUUAAUGACAAUUUGCUGGUUGAUCUAA